AUGAAAUUUUUCGUGGUUUUCCUAUCUGCCCUUGUGGUGGUUCUUGGACAGGGCGAAGAGGACGGAGUGUAUGCUGUCGAGGUUGGUAAUGUCGAGGAGGUGGGAGAUGUCCAACCUCAAAUCGUCUACGCUGAAGAGUCUCCAGCCGUUCGCGUUUUUGAUCCAGCAGAGCAACUAAAUGUUGGUUCACCUCAAGAAAGCGUUUACGCAGUGGAUGAUCAGCCUAUUGAUCGCCAGUUCGUUCCUCCUUCAUCAUUAUACAUACCACUCAUAAUGAGAGCUUGCACGAACGCUGCCUGUGCUAACAUUUGCAAUCUGCUUGGGUUCAAGAAAGGUGUCUGCAUUUCCACCACCACUUGCCAAUGUUCCAAUUAA